UGGACUCAGACAUGACGAUGGCGGCGUGUAACAAUUCCCUAACGGCCACAUUAAGUAACGUUAGUGGCGGCGUUAACGCCAUCAGCCAACAGUGUGCCAUUUGUGGAGACAGAGCUACGGGAAAACAUUACGGAGCCGCCUCAUGUGACGGUUGCAAAGGAUUUUUUAGGCGCUCCGUCAGAAAAAAUCAUUUAUAUACGUGUCGAUUUAAUAGGAAUUGUGUAGUAGAUAAGGACAAAAGGAAUCAAUGUAGAUAUUGUAGAUUAAGAAAAUGUUUUAAAGCCGGUAUGAAAAAAGAAGCUGUACAGAAUGAAAGAGACCGAAUAAGUUGUCGAAGGCCUAGUUACGAAGAAAACAAUCAAAAUAACGGGUUAUCAGUGGGAUCAUUAUUAAAUGCAGAAAUGCUUUCUAGGCAGGUAGGAGCAGCAUUGGAGCAAAUGGGUCCAAAUCCAGUAAAUGAAUACGACAUAUCAGGGAGACAAUUGGCCAGUAUAAACGACGUGUGUGAGUCAAUGAAACAGCAACUUUUAAUAUUAGUGGAAUGGGCUAAAUACAUCCCUGCCUUCACAGAGUUACAGUUGGACGAUCAGGUGGCUCUUCUUCGAGCACAUGCAGGUGAACACCUUUUAUUAGGAUUGGCCAGGAGGUCUAUGCAUCUAAAAGACGUUCUUCUGCUAGGAAAUAAUUGUAUAAUAACAAAAGAAUGUCCAGCUAUGAUACCAGAUCCUCGUAACGUAUCUCCAGAUAUGAGCAUCUCCAGAGUCGGGACCAGGAUCAUCGACGAGCUCGUCAAGCCCAUGAACGAAGUCCAGAUCGACGACACCGAAUUCGCUUGCCUGAAAGCCAUAGUCUUCUUCGAUCCAAAUGCUAAAGGAUUGAGCGAACCAUCCAGAAUCAAAACUCUUCGAUAUCAAAUCCAAAUCAAUCUUGAAGAUUACAUCAGCGAUCGUCAAUAUGACAGCAGAGGCCGCUUUGGAGAAUUAUUGCUGACUCUUCCACCUCUACAAUCGAUAACGUGGCAAAUGAUCGAACAAAUCCAGUUUGCAAAGCUUUUUGGAGUAGCACACAUCGAUAGUUUGUUACAGGAGAUGCUCCUUGGAGAUUAUAGAUCAUUUCAAAUCAGCUCUGUCCAAUAUGGAUAUAAAGUUUAAGAAUAGAACAGUUUGUCAUAGAUUGAAUAGAAGACUUUGAAUAGACUUGAAGAUCUUCAAAGAUGCUAAGCGCCAGCAUCGACGCCACUCCACCGGCCUUGGUCGUCCCGAACAACAAUCACAUCAACAACAACAACAAUAGCUAUCAGAGCACCAGUGACUCAGCUGAUAGUCCCAUCACGUCGCCUCUAGCUACACCCAAUAGCCCACAGGAUCACUUGAUCAACAGUAACGUGGCUAGUCCAUCUGGCCCACCAUCUAGCGUACUAGGACUACGUGAGAUGGUGCCAUUGGACGAUGCCGUAUCGCAUUAUCCGAUAUCGUUCAAAGAAGAGCCGCUGAAGGAGGAACAGCAUAGUUUUUAGGUUAUGGACUUUUUUCAAAGUUUAUUAGAAGUUUGUUGUAUACUGGAAAUGUUUUGCUUGUGGAGAAUUAUGAACUGUCCUUUUUUAGAAGAUAAAAUAUAUUACUAUAAAUUUAACAGUCAUUUUUAUGAUAUUCUUCACAAAGUAAAGAGAAAAGGAAAUACUUAUUUUUAAAUAGGAUCUCUACAUUUCUAAUAAUGGACAGAGCACUCCUUAGAAUAUUUUUCAUCUAUGCCUAAAGAAGGUCUUAAAUAUUUGUGAACAAUUUCCAAAUCAACACAAAACAUUUUCAAAAUUAUCUAGUACAUUAAAAAUACCCUUAUGUGGUAUUUUUCACAUAUAUGUAUAUCGUUAAUAAUCAUAUUGAUUGACAAGUAGUUACCUAUUUCUUUUGUGUACAUAUUUUACCUUCACUGUUAAGUUUUUGGUUAGGGUUAUUUGUAAAAAAUGGCGUAAUUGGAUAUAAUGUUACUGUAAGACUGAUAUAAGCGUGCUAUCAGAAAUUCUGUGCCUUGUUAAAUGUCAAUUAGUACCAUACUUAACUGGAAUGUUAAAAUGGCGAGUGAAAUGCCCAGACACCAUCGUGCAAAAAGACAAAAGAGGGAAUGUAAAGGUAGUGGGGGCAAAAAUAUUGUUAGACAGGAAGUGCCAUCUUGAGAGGCCACAUUAAACAAGGAAAGAGACUCUCUUUCCUUGUUUAAGAAAUCAAAUUUAGUUGGGUUAUUACUGAUAUUAUUGUUUGUCCCAACUGUCACAUGAAAGAUUAUUUGUAUUUUCUAUUGAAGUUUUUUAACAAUUGUUUCACAUUUUAGACUAUUAUCGUUAUUAUUUAAUUAAAACUUUAUUGUGUUCUAGGUUAAAAAAAGUAUUUUAAGUGUUUAACCCCCAUACUUAACCAUCAGAGGCCACUUUUUUUGGUCUCCUUUUCAUAACGAUUAGAUACUCUCUUUUGUGUUUUUGCUCGAUGCCAGACACACACAUACAUACACAAUUGAUGACGUCGUGCCUUUGUCAACAUUUACAAUUGCUCAGUUUUCCAUAGAUUCAUUGUUUAGAACCGUCAAAAAAGCUAAUUAAAGUAGUAAACUAAAAAAAUCUAAUUAGAAUAGAUUGUGAAAUAAAAAUUACAUGAUCUAGAAUUUUAACCACUUUCACAAAAUAGUAUAGCAUUUUUCAUAUAAAAAAGCUUGCACGCCAUUCAAGAUUUACGUCGUUAGAACCCCACAGCGUUGCAAAAACAUCAGAAUGGUUAGUAAGUGAGAAAUUUUUAAAAUGUCAACUAUUUGUCAAAAAUACACUUUGUUUUAAGACUAUUGCAACACAUUAAAUACAUAAGAAAACAUUUUAAUAUAAAAUUAUAUAUUGUAAAUUUCAAACUUACCUCUUUUAGGGCUGUAAUAGUAAAAACGUCCCGCCAUUAUGUGUUGAUCAAAAUAAUCUAUCUUAUAUGAAAGCUUAUCAGCUUUCUACAGACUAUUUAUUUGUUUUGGCAUAUCACAAUCACACUACACAACAAUAAUUAGUUUUUAAAGCUAUUAAUUUAAAUUUAAUAUGUAUUUAUAAAUACAAUGUAUUAAUAUAUAUUGUAUUAUGAUCAAAUUAUGUAAGAUAUCACAACAUAAACAAAAUUCCUACUCUAAAGAAGCGGCAACACUUUAUACACUUUUGCCACACGCUGAACUGUCAAUAAUAUUUUAUGUAUUUCCAUCAGUUGCGUACAAUUGUCUAAUAUAUUUAAUUAAAAUUAUUAUUUUGUGGAAUAUUAAACUUCAAGUGUUAUUUCAUAUAAUCUAUAUUAUUAAUAAUAAUAAAUGUUUUUGGUUAUUUAAUCAAUAUAAUUCUAAAAUUUCCAAUAUAAUGAUAAUUAUAUUUUUCUGAUUAUUGCACCAUGUUGAUGCCUAUGAAAGAUCGAGCAGUUCCGUACGGGUUUCGUAUUAUUAGCUGUGUUAGGAAAAUUUGAACUCUAAGGUUGAUGUUCUGGAAAUUUUAAAUACUUAGUAUAAAUCGUGACGUGCAAGUGUUUUACUUUGAAAAAUGGUAUACAUAACUUGUUUGCUAUUUUAUUAAUACAAAUUUUAAUUAACAUCUCUUUAUUUACGUGACAGUUGUGGUUUGUUAAAUGUGAAUACAUACUAUUUAUGAUUGCUGAAAUGUUUGAAUUGCCAACCUGCGUCAUUUGAAUGUAAAUUCCAUAACCUACUCUAAUUACGAUUUUACUCAAUAGACUUUUUAGGUAGAUAUUUUUAAUAGUUAGUAGAUAUAUCAAUUAGCAGCUGUAGCAUCCUAAUAGUUUCUACCAUUCAUACAAUACCAAGAUUACAAUAUUAUAACAUUUUACUUUUUUUAUAAUGCAAGUAAGUUUACAAUCUACUCCACGGUGGAAUUAGGGGAAUGAAUAUGUGUUUUAGUAGGUUUUUAACGGACACAAUCUUCACAGACACAUUUCAGUAUUGGUCAAACAUGAGUUUUAUUAAAUUUUAUUUAUUCGAUUUUGUAAUUUUUGCUUUGUUUCAUACCAAACUUCUUCAGAUAUCAUACGAAGUGUUUUAAAUUGAAUGAAAAUAAGCGUUUGAGUAUUUGAUAGCUUACUGCAACCCCACAAUUUGGUCCAAGAUGUCCAGUCACCAAUAUAUUUUUAAUUUUAAAGUGACUUUUUGUUUUUAUGUGUGUCUUCCAAGUCAUUUUCUCUUCCAUAUGAAUUGAUAUUUGACCUCAAUCUUCCAGGUAAAAGGAUUGUUAUUUAUGGUGACCUGAGGUGGUCUGCUUCUUUUUAUCUACAUUCCAGUUUUUAAGCGUACAUGCUCGUCUGGUAUGAAUCUAUGGAGUGGGUUACAACGAGACGCAAGCCUUUAUCUCUUGCGGUACUGCUUAUCCAUAGGUCGUACCAGCAUAUUCUAGUCUAAGUAACAGAUCUAUUUGAAUUUUACACUACUACACUAGCCUUUUCAUUUUCGGGCCAGAGUUUGAAUGAUCGAUCCACUAGAUCACUCAGUAAAGUGAAUGCGAUUCGUCCGCCUGGUUCGCUUAGCUAUCUAACCUUUCUGCUUUUUAUAUUUAGAACUUCCCAUAAUCUGGUAUGAUACGUUCAGAACUUGCUCCAAUUCCUAAUUAUAGGACAAAUAUUGAGAAAAUAAUUGUCUGCAUCAUCGUCAUCAAGCCUCAAGCUGUCUGCUUCAUUUUGCUCUGUCCCUUGCUUGGAUUUUUCAGUUAACAACACCGAGGACUUUCUGCAUACAUACUUUAAAAAAUCCAUAAACUAACGGUACUGACAUUGCAUAUCAAGUUUAUAGACUGACGAAGCUAUUUUUCAUUUUUCUGAAUUGUGAAGUCAAUUUAAAUUUAAAAAACCCGGUAAAUAUUGGCGACUGUUAGUGACUCACGAUCUCUGUCUCUUAUUUUGUUAAUUAUUUCUACAUAUUUUACAGAAGACUAAAUAAAAAUACAGGAAUGAAAUUUUGUACCUUGAACUCAAAACUGGUGCCUGAUUCCCAAACUGCUGUCUUCCAUUUUUGUAAUCAUCUUAAAAGGCUACCCAUAUAGUAUUAUUAAGUCCACUAGAGCCUUUAUAGUACCGUCGCGUCAAUUUGGAAAAAUCUGCAGUAAAUAUUAGAUACAGAAGGAAAGGGCCAAGUAGGCUAGAGUCGUUUAUAGAUUGGUACUUACAAAUAGAAAGGUUUUAACUAAAAUUAAUAAAUAUAGACUCCCAUUAAUUAUGAUUAUUUUUCUGUCUUCAAAAGUGUGUUACAUUAAGUACAUUAAGUUUAUUUGAGCUAUUAGUGGUAGUGAGGUAGGAAUUUUUGUAUUGCAUGUUGUCGACAAUGAUUGUGUCAAAAUGUUCCCAACCUGGGUGAAUGGACUAUAACAACAUAUUGUGCAACUGUGUCAGCUAUGUUGCCAACAUGUAUGACUGUACCUUCGAGCAAAAAGACAGAAGAGGAAAUGUAAAGGUAGUGGAGGCAAAAAUAUUGUUAGACGGGAAGUGAUAUUUUGAGAGGCCACAUUAAACAAGGAAAGAGUCUUAAGUCUCUUUCCUUGUUUAAGUAAUCAAAUUCUGUAGGCUUAUGCUAUUGUUUGUCACAACUGUCACAUGAAAUCUUAUUUAUAUUGAUGUUUUUUAACAAUUGUGUCACAUUUUAAACUAUUAUCGUUAAUAUUUAAUUAAAACUUUCUCAUCUAAGACACAUUCUGAAAAAUAUUAUAUAGAUACUGUUACUAAGUGUCGGAAAAUUUAAAUUUGUCGCCUUUGCAUUUCCGGAUAUGUCCGCCAUAUUAAGAGGCCACUUUUAUGAAUUUUGGUCUCCUUUUCAUAACGAUUAGAUUCUCUCUUUUGUCUUUUUGAUCGGUGGACUGUACCCCUGACGUUAUUUCAAGAUUACUGCGAACCGUUCAAAUUUUAGCAACAUUAAAAAAUUAAUUAAGACACUCAUAACAUUUUAGACAUUCUUUGAAAAUUGUAUUGCUUUGUUAUAUUUAUAACUUCUUCUAUUUUUUAUUUUUUACUUUUGUUAUGCCCUUGAAGUAAUUGAUUAAAAAGAUAUAUCGGACUUAAAAUAUUUGGUAAAUCUUUGAAUUUUUAUCGCUGGUGAUUGGUUAGGUUAGGAACACAGUUCAUUGCAUAUCAUCAAUAUUUUACGUCGUCACAGUACAAACAACUUUUAGAAAAUUCCCUAACAAAAUUUUUAGAAUUACAUUAGUUAUUUUGACUUACAUACAUUAUAUAUUUUCAUUAAAAUAAAACUUCUAGAAAAAAUUACUACUCAAAAAUUAUAAUUGAGAAAAGCAGUACGCUGCCUUAUCUUUAAUAGGCCUUUUCAUCAGAAAUUUGUAUCAGCCAUUUUCUUCGUACUGUUUGUUACCUAUAAAUAAGCAUGUUAGGUUAAGUUAGUAAUAUAAAUAACAAUAAAAUACUUGCAAACACAUAAUUAGAAUAAAUAAUACUAAAGAAAGUAUAGUUAUUGAAAAAAAUACGGAAUUAGGGAAUAAAACGUCUCAAUUGCAAAUCAAUCUUUUUAAUCAAUUAUUAUUAUGAUACCUGUUCGAAAAAGGAACAUCGAAGCGAUGUCGUUAUGGAGUACAUAAUAGUGAUAGAUGCUAUAAAUUAUUUAAAGACAAAAUAUAUUAUUUUAUCAAUUUUUUAAAGCCAAAAGUUUCUUGAUAAACAAUCUCGUGCAAUACCUACAAUAUUUUAUAUCUGUUUAAUAAUAUUUACUAUUCAUUAAUCAUUUUUAACCUUAAAAUAUUAAAUUAUCAAUUUUAUUGAUUAUACACUGUAAUAAUGUUGUUGUUAAUUAAUAUAUUUCGACAAGUAAUGAAAAUCGAUUGACAUCAUUAAUUAGAUUAAAAAAUUAUAGACAAUAUUUGUAGAGUAAACAAAUAACGAAGAAAAAUAUCUCUAACAAGUGAAGAUGCCUAACUUCUCUUUGGUUGAUCAAAACGGUACGAAAAACAUGGCGGCCGCGCAUGCGCUCGACACAUGAUGAAAAGGUCUAUUUACGUAAUGCAAAAUGACAGUUAGACAUUGUUGGUAAUAUUUUCAGAGACCAUGUCUAAUUUUAGAAGCAAAAAGUUUUUGUAAUGGAGACAACCUAAAAUAUUGUGAACAAGCUAAUAUUUACUGUAUUUCAUUCAAUUAAAAUGCGAAAAUAAGUUCGAAAAUAAAUUUAUAAUAAUUGUAACGUUUUAAUAAAUAUAUUUCUAAUUUCCUAUAUUCUUUGCUAUUCCGACAAUACUGCAACACUGUGCAAAAAUGUCAGCGUCAAAAUUUGAUGAUGUGCAAUUAACUAUAAAGUAAAUAAUGUGUAUACUGAUGUUUUCAAUACAAAUAUUUAUUUAUUUUAUUAUCGGACUGGCUUGACAUUAUAAAUUAAUAACAGAAAGUAGUCCCCUCUAAAAUUUUAUUAUACAUAAUUUUACAUUCCAAAAUCUAUUAAAUAACCUUUGUUAAAUUUGUAAAUUAUAUGAAAGGAAAUUAAAUAUUUACAGUAAAAAUGUAAAUAUUCUAUUUUAAUUAAAUAGCACUUGUUUUUAUAAGCACAUGUAUUGUUUUUUGUUAAAAUUAUGUUUAUGAUUUCUUAUUUUGGUACCUCCUUAGCUGUCCCCAUUGUAGAAUGACCGUUGUUAUUAAAACGUGAUCACAUUUGUAGUUAUUUAAAUUUUAUACACUCAAAGCGUCGAUAGUAGAUUUUUUUCUCCAAAUAUCCCUUGAACGGUAAUUUAUUAGACUACAAUCUGAUCAAAUAACAUAAUAUAAUGAUAAGUGGUGGAUUCAGCAGUUAAUUUAUUUAAAUUCAUUUGAUAUAUCAAUAAAACCCUGAAAAGUUUGUUUUAGAGACAAAGAUUUCAAAACAUCCUGUAUUGGUGGAGAUUUGUAGACGAUAUACUGGUAUGUUUUAUAGGAACUAACACGCAACUUGGCCAAUUUUUAUCGUAUAUUAAUUCUACCCAGUACCUUCUGGGUAGUACAUUACCUUCCAGUACCUUCUAAAACACCAGCUUUUAGAACAAGCCACAACUUAGGCAAAUAUAUUUGCCUAAGGAAAUUUGCCUAUAAACAACAACAAGUCAAAAUAAAAAGCACGGUCAAACUUACAUCGGUCAAACUAGUAGAAACUUUAAUAAAGGAAUAGCAGAACAUAAAAGGGCUUUCAAUAAUAGCAAAACAGAUUCUACAUGCGCACUUCAUUUUCUAGAUCAUAAUCUCUUAAGGCCGAAUUUCAAAUUCUUCACAUCCAGAAUAAAGGCCUUAAGCUAUCUUUACUUAAAUCUAUGGGACUUAACAAAUGAAAUAACACACAUAAUUCUUAAUGACCAACUUAAGACAAACAAGUGUCUCCUACUCAACCCAACCUAUUUCGUUAAAAACUAUUAAGUGUAAACACAUACCAAAAAUAAAUCACUUGAGAUCAGCCGAAACAGCUGUAGUGAUAAGAUUUUAUAAUAAAUUUUGUGGAAGUUUUGAAAGCAAAGUUUUCAGUAUUUUAUUGAUAUAUAAUAUAAUGAUGUUCUGAAGCUAUUUUGUUGGGACAUCUUAAUGCAAUUACUACUUCUAAUGAGAAUAAGCCACAAUCUAACUUUAAUGUAAGUUAAAUUUUGACUUUUCGAUUUUUACUUCGGAAAUCGAGUAGAUAGGAAGCCACUUUGGUCGACUUUGACCUUUGACUUUCGCGGCUUGAAUCGUACGCGCAUCCGAUUCGCGCGUACAGUUAUUACAACAAUUAAAAUUCUUCGAGACUUAAACUGUAUGCGCAUCUGCUUCGCGCAUAAACAAUUUCAUAAACAAAUCUUAGUUAAACAGAAAAUGUCCAACACACAAAUUAUCAAAAAAGGGUUUCCGAAGUGGAAAUAGAAACGUCAAAAUAACCUGAUUUUAAACUUAAAUUUUGGCUUAUUCCCAUUGAAAGUAGUAAUACUUUAAUGGUAAACAUGCGUUGUUUAUGAUUUUAUUUUGGAAUCUUUGAAUUUUUGAUUGAGUAAAGUUGUGUCAUCAAAUAUUUCAUUUUCAUAGCUUUACAGCUAAAUGCUAG